AUGAAGGUCUCUGUUGGGGGCCUCGCGGAGCCGCGGCGCCGCCUCCGCGGCGGCUUCGCGGCUGGCGACGGCCGGCUCAUCGCCUCGUGUGGAGAGGCUGGGAUUCGUCAAGCAUGGGGGGGCGCUGGACGCCUGAGCCCCGACGAUCGGGUAGGGGGGCGGCUUCUGAAGUGGGGCGGGGGCCGGCCGACGGUAGGGGAACGGGGGGAGCGUAGGGGUCUGGACGCGGGGGCCAGGAGAAGGACAGGAGGAGGAAGCGGCGGGGCGGGGCGGGGGCUGCGGCUAGGGGCGGCAUAG